ACAAUUGGUUCCAAAGUUCAAGGACUUUCAAAAGCACAUAUCUUGGAAAAGAGAGAAGGGCACACGAGCCCUUGUGUUCAAAAGGGUGGACUGGAUAACAUUUGUACAUCACCGCAAAGAAAUGAAAACUGAGCAUUGACAGGACCUGGCAUAUUAAGCAGAAUUUCUGAGAAGUUCAAAACCAGAAAAGGAAGAAAGCAGAAAGGAACAUGGCAGAGAGAAAAAACAGCACAAGUCCCAGCACCCAUUCAAAGGGAGGAGCUGUGGUGUUUGCCAAACAAGUCCAAAGGAAAUUCAGCAGAGCACAGGAAAAGGUCUUACAGAAGUUUGGUAAAUCUGAGGAAACAAGAGAUGAGCAGUUUGAGAUACAUGUACAAAACCUCCAAGACCAGCAGAGUGAUGGACACAGAAUAUACAAGGACCUUAAGGCAUACCUAAAUGCUAUCAAAGUGAUGCGCGAUGCCUCUAGUCGUCUCUUUCAGUCUCUUUUCGAUGCAUAUGAGCUUGACUGGGAAGGAGGAGAGGAUCUUGGCGCUGUAGUGGAGGGAGAAGACCUGUUAUGGAAUGAUUAUGAGACAAAACUACGUGAUCAGGCUUUGCUUACCAUGGAAUCUUACAUGAGCCAGUUCCCAGAUAUGAGAGAAAGAGUGGCCAAACGAGGUAGAAAACUUGUGGACUAUGAUUCCUCUCGCCAUCACCUGGAGUCACUAGAGAAUACCAAAAAGAGAGAUGAUAUCAAAAUAGGCAAGGCAAAGGAGGAGAUGAAAACAGCCCAGAAGAUUUUUGAAGAAAUGAACCGUGAACUAAAAGAGGAGCUACCUGUUCUCUAUGAUAGUCGCAUUGGAUGCUAUGUAACAGUCUUCCAAGCUAUUUCCAAUUUGAGGGAUGUCUUCUAUAGGGAAAUGGCCCAGAAUAAUCAGAAUUUACAGAACAUUAUGAAGGACCUCAAGGCUCAACAUCCUGACAAGAACUUUGUGAUUAAGAACUUCAGCCGUGGGUCACUUAAGAGGAGAUCCAUAAAAGAUGCAUUGUCUCCAAGAUCGCUGAGGGCCAGCUUCUCUGACUUCCACAUGAGCUAUAGCCCCAGAGGUACUUUCAGGAGAGAGUACAAUUCAAGUUUCAGGUCAGACAGGGGCUCAUUUGAGCCUUAUAGCCCUGAGACCAGUCCCACCAAACCAAAGCAAACUUUAGGCAGCAAACAUGGGCCUAGAAACACAGACACAAGCUCCAGGAGUGAGGACAACUCUGCUGUAGAGGCAAGCUCUUCCACUGAACCAGUACUAGAUGACACUGGAAUUGCACACAGUGCCACAAGGAAAGACGUGAAGCCAGACAAUGAAGGAGAGGAGAUGAAAGAGAAGGAGCCACUACCAAUCACUGACCAGGGUGGAGAGAGGGAAAGUCCAAAUCUGAAAGGUGACUCUGUAGAGGAUGAUGAUGAGAAUGUGCUGGAACCAAGUGUAAGUCACUCUGAAAGGGCUGAUCCCAAAGCUUCUUCUACACUUGAAACUCCUGAAAACGGCACUACCCACUCUGAGGUGCUAAAUGAGCCUGACUAUGGUGGAACGGAGAACGGAAUAACCUCUGAAUGUAAACCAGAUCUAGAAGCAUCUGGAGCCUCCUGCAAGGAAACCAUGAGGACUGAUCACAAAUUUGGUGAAGUGAAGGAGGAAACAGUCUAAAAAGAAAAGAUUCUAUACAUAGUAAAAGGUUGAUAUGUAAAGUCAGUAAGAUUAAUUUAAACCAUAUUCAUGUUAAUAUUACAAACUACCCAGUGCUCAGUGAUAAACAGAUACUAGUCACUGUUUUAAUUGUAGUGUGUUUCCUCUCCUCAUAGGGAUGAACUUGAACAACAAAAUACACAUCAGCUGACUGCUUGGAUAUUUGUGCCCAAACACCAAACCUGCCAGCCAAAGUUUUUUUUUACUUCUGUUAUUAUUACAAAUGUGACAAAAUACAAUGUUUCAGCGCUUUGAUCAAAUUAACAGUGUAGUUCUUGAUAAAUCCAACUGAACUUUUGAUUAAUUAAAAGUAGUAUAUAUAAUAUUAUUUUCCACCUGUUUUAAUGUCAUGUGAUUUCACCUCUCACCUCUAGAGGCAAUGGAUUGAGUGCUGGGCAAUUCUGAGUGCUGGAUUACUGGCUUUUAUGUUCCUUGUACUAAAUAUAUAUUGCAUUUAAAAUUGUUUUAAUUAAUGUGAAUAGCUAAUUGAUCAUCCAUUAAACUAUCUUUAAAAAUCUGCA